CGUGUGAAGGCUCACGGUUGUUUUGGAAAGCUCUCUGACUAUGGCUUUAGUGGAAACUCUUCUCAAUCAUGUGUCCACCACAGGAGCUUUACUCGCUGCAGUGCUGUUGGUUUUGGUUGUUUAUCUCUUCUCCAUCAGCUCCAGCUCUUCAGAAGAUCCUCCAGGACCCAAACCACUGCCUCUCCUGGGGAACCUGCACCUACUGGACCUCAGACAACUUCACAUGAGCCUCUUCGAAUUGUCCAAGAAAUAUGGGUCGGUGUUCACAGUGCAUUUUGGACCCAAGAAGUUUGUGGUUCUGGCAGGAUACAAGACAGUUAAACAAGCACUUGUGAACCAGGCGGAAGAAUUUGGGGAAAGAGACAUUACCCCCAUAUUCCAGGAUUUCAAUCAAGGACUCGGAAUCGUCUUUGCUAAUGGAGACAGCUGGAAGGCUAUGAGAAGAUUCGCUCUUUCAACUCUUCGGGACUUUGGAAUGGGCAAGAAAAUGAUUGAAGACAAAAUAGUGGAUGAGACGCGUUAUCUGCGGGAAGUGUUUGAGAAGUUUCAAGGAAAUCCAUUUGAUACGACCCAACCGGUGAAUUACGCCGUCUCCAACAUCAUCUCAGCUAUCGUUUAUGGGAAACGGUUUGAGUAUGAGGACCCAAAGUUUCAGAACAUGGUGGACAAGGCCAACAAGAACAUCCAGAUGCUUGGUUCUGUUGUGAUACAGAUCUACAACAUGUGUCCGGCUCUUGGUCCCUGGAUGAAGACGUGGAGGCUGCUGAUGAAAAGUAUGGAAAGCCUCAGAAGAGAAAUAAAGGAGCUGGUGUACGUCUUACAGGAGACUUUGAACCCGCUUGAGAGCAGAGGAUUCAUCGACUCGUUUCUCAUCCACAAACAAAGCACACAAGAUUCUGGAGAAACAGAGUCACACUUCCAUGAGCAGAAUCUGAUCAUUACAGUGUCAAACCUGUUUGCUGCUGGUACAGACACGACCGGCACGACGCUGCGCUGGGGUCUGCUGCUCAUGGCCAAAUACCCUUACAUACAAGAUCGAGUUCAGGAGGAGAUCGACCAGAUACUUGCUGGCCAUGAACCUGCAUCAGAGGACAGAAAAAACUUACCAUAUACAGAUGCUGUGAUUCAUGAAGUCCAGAGACUGGCUAAUAUCGUACCCAUGAAUCUCCCUCAUAUGACCAGCUGUGACGUUUCCUUCAAUGGAUACUUCAUCAAGAAGGGGACGUGUGUUCUGCCGCUGCUAACGUCUGUGUUGAGGGAUGAGACUCAGUGGGAGACACCAGACUCCUUCAACCCUGGACACUUUCUAGACGAGAAGGGUCAGCUGAGGAAACGAGACGCCUUCAUGCCCUUCUCUGCAGGACGCAGGGUUUGUCCUGGGGAGAGUUUGGCCAGGAUGGAGCUCUUCCUGUUCUUCACAUCCCUCCUUCAGCGUUUCCGCUUCACUCCUCCUCCAGGAGUGUCUGAAGAUGAUCUGGAUCUCACUCCAGUCGUGGGUUUGACUUUGAACCCUUCACCUCACAAACUGUGUGCAAUCAGUAGAACCGAAAGUCAACCAAACUGAUGCAUCACUCACUGAAGUUCAGUUCUUUAAUAUUAUCACAUCUGU